GCCGGUCCGUCAGAUGGCAGCACGGCGACGUGCAGUGUGGGACACAGAGAGCAGAAGAAAAAACGAUAACAACCAGAGUCGGCUGAGCAAAUUUGGGCUUAAGUGCCAUGGCCGUGUUUCCAAGCACACUGACUGAGGAGGAGGAAUCAUUGCAGAAAAAAUAUGCAAAGUUGAAGAAAAAGAAAAAGGCUUUGUUAGCACUUAAGAAGCAAAGUUCCAGCAGUCAGACAAGCCAGGCUGGACUGAAACGCACCUUGUCAGAUCAGCCUGUGGUGGACACAGCGACAGCCACUGAACAGGCCAAAAUGCUCAUCAAAUCUGGAGCCAUCAGUGCUAUCAAAUCAGAGAAUAAGAACUCAGGCUUCAAGCGGUCAAGAACUCUUGAGGGGAAAUUAAAGGAUCCAGAGAAAGGUCCUGUUCCAGCAUUUCUACCCUUCCAGAGAAGCAUCUCCACAGAUGAGGAUCCUGCUGAGGCUGCUAAAAGAGCUCACAGAAAAUCUCUGUAUGAGAGUUUUGUUAGCUCUGGAGAGCGCUCCCGUGAUGAAGAGGACGCUGGAGGAACGCCUUCCAACCGUGAAUUCGAGCGUGAGCGGGAAAGAGAGCCUGAGAGAGACAGAGAGAGAGAUCGAGAGAAGGAGCGUGAAAGAGACAGAGAGCGUGAUCGGGACAGAGAGAGGGACCGUGAGCGCGAAUGGAGUCGAGACAGAGAGAGAGAUCGUGAGCGGGACAGAGAAAAAGAGAGAGACAGAGACAGGAGUCGAGACAGAGAAAGAGACCGGGACAGGGACCGUGAAAGAGACAGAGAGAGGGAACGAGACCGAGAUGGACCAUUUAGACGCUCAGACUCGUACCCAGAGCGUCGCAGUGUACGGAAAGGAAACACAGUAUAUGUGUAUGGAGCAGGGCUAGUAGAGGACAGCCUGCGGACAGCCUUCGCUCAACAUGGCACCAUCAUCGACCUGUCCAUGGAUUCCCCACGCAACUGUGCUUUUGUCACUUUUGAGAAAAUGGAGUCUGCAGAUCAGGCUGUAACAGAGCUGAAUGGCACCACAGUGGGAGAUGUUACUGUCAAAGUUAGCAUUGCUAGGAAGCAGCCAAUGCUGGAUGCAGCAACAGGAAAAUCUGUGUGGGCCUCACUGGCUGUUCAAAACAGUGCCAAGGGUUCAUACAGGGACAAGCGAAAUCAAGUUGUUUAUACUGAUUUCAUCUGAAAAACAUUUCUGGACGAAGAUGAAGACAAACUGUUGUGCAUUUCUGUUUGAAUUUGUUUUGCAUCUUUUUAUUUUUCUUAUAAGUAAAUCAAAGUCAAAUACUUUUUUUUAUUAAAAUAUGUAUUUCAGCAGGUUUUUCUAUAGGCCUGAUGUAGUUUGGUGAUCAGCUAAACUCUGCUAUGGUUUGUGGCGCUAAGUAAAGUUUGUCACUACAAAA